CGGAAGUGCAAAAUAAUGUCAGUGCUCAAUGUUUUGAUGAGAGAGUCUUACCGCAAAGUUAUUAAAACUUGUAUCCUUUGAAGAGCCGUGCUUUUCAAAAUGUCAUCAGAUGAAGGAGGUGACAUAGAGGACCUGCUGGGACGUUUGUCCAUAAAGCUUGGAUGGCAAAAUGUUGAGGAAACGGCCUUGCAAAAGCCAUCAGACAGUGUGAAGCGCAAAAAGAAAAAGAAGUCGGUUAGAAGCAGUUCAAAGAAAACCCCUAGGAGAUCUCGAAAAGACAUCAGUUCCUCCUCAGACAAAGAAAACAAUGUCAACACUUGCAACCGACAAAACGGCAACUUGGAAUCAGAGGGUCAUGUCAAAGGUCAAGCAAAGUUAACACGUCUGCUUGAAUGCCAACAUCAGGACAGAACUUUAAGCAGCCUUGGUGAAAAUUCUGCACGAGAAAUAAGAUCUUCACCAAGCACAGAUGAACCAUCAAACUGUGUAAAUAAGACUAAAGAUGGAGACGGCAGCAUCCAACAACAACCUCCAGCAAAUCGAGACAAAGUUGCAGAAGAUUCUGAUUGCAGUCUGCGAAAAUCGCAUCCAGGAACACUUAAUUUAGAAAGUGGACAAACAUUCUUAAAGGACGAGGAGACAUUUUCAAAGGUUUCCAGCGUCUGUGAAUCAGGUGAUGAAGAGUCUGAACAUCUGGCAAAUUUUAAUUUGGACAUAUCACCAAUUAUCGCAGAUACUGACGGUGCUUCUUCACUUGUGAGGAUCUCAGAUGAUGAUAUACCGGGUAGACCAUCCUUCUCAAGUGAUGAUAACGCUGAUGACUUUGAGACCAAACCAGACAUUUCCCAAGAGGAAUGUCCUACCUCUAGAUCCAAAGAUGAGCCAGAGGUACCUUUCUCACCUUUACAUCAUUAUUCAGAAACCUGCGAACCAAUCAGAUGGAUUCUCACACCCCCACCGAAGAAUGAACCGAAAAAGGCCACACCUCUUGAGAAGGUCGUCAUGGUUACCCUGAGUGAGUCAGAUUCUGAUUCGUCCUGUGAUGGAGAUGAGUUAUUGAGUCUAACUGAGAGACUAGCGAAGAAUUUCCGACAACAAAAGAGUGCCAAAAAGCCGGCAUUCAAGAAACAACAGAGUGGCAAGGAUGCUCGCUUGUUGUGCAGUAGCAGCAGCAGUGAAGACAGUGACUCAUGGAAAGGUCACUUCACCUUCAGAGACAAGAAGUGUACACAGAAUACACAAAGGUACUUCAGUAAUGCAAGGAAUCCCAAAGUUCCUAAGGAUGACGGCAGUGACGAUGAUGACGACUUUGAUUCAUUUCUCCAAGCCAUCAAAUCCUCACAUCCUGCCCCUGGUCAUGACUCCAGCAACCUAGAGAAGAGUCCGGCCAUAGAUGAGGACCAGUAUGAUGCUUCCUUCAUUGAUGACACUCCUUUAGACGAAGGAAAUGAUGAUGAUGACGUUUUCUACUACAGGCAAAUCAACUCUGAUAGGAAACCUGCAAGAGACAAAAAGAAAAAAAUAGAUGCGCCAAUAAAGACAACGCCUAAGUUUCUAAACUAUCGCCUGCCACGAUUCAGUGAGAGUAGCGAUGAUGAUGAGUCUGUGUUUGCUACUCCCAUACCACCGCCACUUAAGACUCAUAAACCAAAAACUACUUCAUCUUCCAAGAAGUCUACGCCUUUUCUAACUCCAAGGAAACCCACUCCUGGAAGUACUCAAACAGACUUCCUUGUGUCUUUGUCUACCCCUAGAGUGGGUUGUGUGUCCACCUCGCCCUACGUCAGAGACUUCAAGAAGCAACGAGAGAUUCUUACCAGGAAGCUGUUUACUAUUUACAACCAGACUGUGUUUGACAACAAGCUUCCAUCUGACUUUAAUAUCAAGUGGAACAAUCGGAUGCGCAAGACGGCCGGAUAUUGUUACUACACAAAGACUAGACUAGGAGGGCAGUGCAAUGCUCGCAUUGAACUGUCUGAGAAAGUUUGCGAUACAGCAGAGCGUUUGAGAGAUACCCUUAUCCAUGAGUUAUGUCACGCUGCCUGCUGGUUAAUCAAUGGAGUCAAUGACGGACAUGGACGAUUCUGGAAAUACUGGGCAGCAAAAGCUAACCAUGCACAUCCUACGAUACCGGUCAUCAAACGCUGUCACAGCUAUGAGAUUACUACUAAGUAUAAAUAUCAGUGUGUCACAUGCAAAACAACAAUUGGGCGUCACUCCAAGUCCAUCAACACUGACAAGUUCUGCUGUUCAUACUGCAAGGGGAGUAUAGUCCUCCUGCCCCCACUGAACAAAGACGGCAAAGUGGCCAAGGUACGAACUCCCAACAAAUUUGCCAUGUUUGUAAAGGAGAACUACGGGUCGGUGAAGAAGGAUAACACCUCCAUGAAACAUGCUGAUAUUAUGAGGCUUCUGAGUCAGGAUUUCUCAAAGAAGGCUACUGUAUCUGUUUGAAUGCUUUCCACAAUCGGCCAUCUUGAAUUUGUUGUGGACGAUGUGGGCCCAAUAUCAAGGCUGUGCUUAUCGUAAAGCAAAGAAUCUGCGCUUUAAGCAGACAAUUCCAUGUUUACGUCAAGCGUAUUUCACAGGUUAGCAGGAAAUUUUAGCUUUAGCGUUAGCUUUCUCAGCAAUACUAGGCAUUCUUCGCUGACACUGAGAGCGCAGAAAUUUGGCAAUUACCCUGUAAGCAAAGAAUGGUGAUCACAAGCGCAGAAUUUGGCGGUAAGCAGAGCUAUGAAACUUUGACCUUAUGAGAAUCACGCUGAGGCAUAUGACCACUACAGAGGGCUCCUUUCAAUCUUUUGACUUUGAAAUUGUUUUGACUUGUCGGUAGUCAGGAAACCAGACCAACGACUUACAUGAGUAAAAGCCGUCACCAAAAGAAAAGGUAUAGCGGUUUGGAAGGUCCUUGAUGCAAGUACAGUUUUUCAACGCUUUAUUUUAUAGUGAUUUUCAGGGGAUUGCUGAUAAUGAAAGGGUUAACAAAAAAAAUUAAGAUGUGGUUAAAAACAAGAUCAUCUGUUUUAGUAAAAAAAAAAAAUGUUUAAGACCAUUAAUACUAUUUGUAUACUCGUAAAAGUAGGAGGAGUGGAAGAUUGUUUUCACAGAAGAUCAUUUUAAGUAGGAUUUAAAACUUUGCAUGGUGGAAAUAAGAUAUAGAAGAGUUUGCGGUAACACCAUGUAAUAAC